AUGGUCUUCUCAAUGCUGCUGAAUUUCCUCUACCCGCCGCCGGCGAGCGCAGCGAUAACCGCGAUUUCGGCGAUCUGUUUGCUGGCGAUGAUCAACGGUGGGUGGAUGGAGGUGAUCGGGAAGAAUAUGCAGUACUCGAAGCUGCUGCGCGUGGACGACGCGACGAAGGAGAAGCCUAAAGUUUCCGUCAAAUUAGGAAUGAUCGGAGCCUACUCGCCGGCGUUUUUGGCUGGAUUUUUCUCUCUCCUCGCCUUCCCCAUCGGAGAUCUGCGGUUCGCACUGCUCCGCGCGGCUAUCAUCCUGCAUUUCUUCAAACGACUACUCGAGGUUCUAUUCGUUCACAAAAUGAGUGCGAUGAUGGAGAUUGAAGCCAUGUUCGCUAUCUCCACGAGCUACUUCCUCUCCUCGGCAACCAUGAUCUACACUCAACAACUAAUGAUACAACUCCAAGAGCCACCUAUUGAUCUCAAAUACAUUGGAGUCUCAUUAUUUUUGGUGGGAAUUGGUGGUAAUUUCUACCACCAUUUUCUUCUAUCAAAAUUGAGAAAUAAAGGUGAAAAACAAUACAAAAUCCCACAAGGAGGCCUCUUCUCUCUAGUGAUAUGCCCACACUACUUAUUCGAAAUCAUUGGAUUUUUGGGGAUUUCUUGCAUUUCACAAACUGUUUUUUCGGUUUGUGUUGGUUUGGGCACAACCUUUUAUUUGAUGGGUAGGAGCUAUGCCACUAGAAGAUGGUAUCAAUCCAAAUUUGAGGAUUUUCCUAAAGAUGUGAAGGCUCUAAUUCCAUUUAUAUUCUAAGAGACAACGUCUAUGCGUCUCUUGAAAUAAUUUGAGCGAUAUUAGAGGAUGGAAGGAAUUCACAUAGAGACAUUGAUUUUGUGCUCCUCUUUUGCUCUUGUUUUUUGGUAUUCGUCAGUUGCUUUUCUUCUGUAGUAGUUUUGGAUAGAAUGUUUUCCAUUUAU